GUUCUUGCGUGCGUCUUCUAUGCCAAACGACAUUACCUUAGAGCUUCUCUCUGUUACUUUCUCGAUCCUUUUCUUUCAUUUUAAUACCAUAUACACAGAGAGUAUAUAACCAAUAUCAAAAAAUUAUUGCACUGAAAAGACUGGAGGCCAGGAAGGAUUUUUUUUGUGGCACGUCUUGAUUUCAUUUCGCUGGUUUUCCAAGUUCGUGGAGAACACUUACUAAUCUGAACCAGAUCAGUCAUAAAUUCGACCUGGCAUCGGCAGAGGUUCUGGCACCGCGAGUGCAGCAGAGCGUCUUCCAGACAAAUGAACGAGUCGCUGUUCUGAGCACCAGAAGCAUGGAGGAAGAGCAUGUCAAUGAUGAUGGACAAAAUGACUUGCAGCCAGGCGGUGUAUCAUCAUCAACGGCUGGAUCAUCAAUCGUACAGAUCGUACAUAAACCCAGAGAAACAUCACAAUGGCCGUCUGAAUCAACCAUACUUGUCGCAGUACGAGUCAGGCCGUUCAGCCCUGCGGAGCAAGCACUGCUACCGCGAGCAUCUACCAAUAAGUUCAACUUUUCAGCAGACGCUUCUCUCUCCAGUGGGUUUGGGUCGGUUGGUCAUGGUCGUCCUGGAGAUUUGUACAAUAUGCAUUCAGGGAAUACUAGUAGCGGAGCAAAAUCCUCAGGAAGUAGUAGUAGUAACAACACUAGCAAUGGGCAUUCAGCAAAGAGCAUUCGUAAAAUAGUGGAUGUACUGGAUGACAACGUCCUUGUUUUCGAUCCACCAGAUGCAGAAAGCAUAUCUAAAUACAAGCGCGCUUUACUACCAGUACAGGCUUAUCGUCGAUUCAAAGAUAUGCGCUAUGCCUUUGAUCGUGUCUUUCAUGAGGACUCUCAACAACAGGAAGUCUUUGAAAACACAACGAGGCAUUUGAUUGAUGGAGUUCUGAGCGGCUACAAUGGGACGCUCUUUGCCUAUGGAGCUACAGGAUGUGGAAAGACUCAUACUAUCAGUGGUACUCCUGAGAAGCCUGGUAUAAUCUUCCUCACUAUGCAGGAACUCUAUGAACGUAUCAAGGAAGUCGAGGAUGAAAAGACUAUUGAAAUCUCCGUAUCAUAUCUAGAGGUGUACAAUGAAACUAUUCGAGACCUUCUAGUAAAACCGAGCUCGAGCACUCCAAAGAACACAUCAUUACAUCUCAGAGAGGACUCAUCAAGGAGGGUAACUAUUGCGGGGCUGUCGGAGCAUCAUCCGAAAGGAAUAGAUGCGCUGAUGGAGCUUGUUUUUAUGGGCAAUGAGAACAGGACCAUGUCUCCGACAGAAGCCAAUGCAACGUCCUCUCGUUCACAUGCUGUCCUCCAAAUCAACAUUUGUCAAAGACUCAAAACUGCCGAUGUAUCGGAGGAUUUUACUAUGGCCACUCUCUCUUUGAUCGACUUGGCAGGAAGUGAGCGCGCAUCUGCAACGAAGAAUCGAGGAAGUCGAUUAAUUGAAGGUGCAAACAUCAACAAAUCGCUACUGGCUCUCGGUAACUGCAUCAACGCACUUUGUGAAAAUAAACCAAAGUCGCAUAUACCAUACCGGGACAGCAAACUCACACGACUACUCAAAUUUUCACUUGGUGGCAACUGUAAGACGGUCAUGAUUGCCUGUGUCAGUCCAUCUAGCCAACAUUACGAGGAAACACACAACACACUCAAAUAUGCGAAUCGAGCCAAGAACAUUAAAACAAAGCUUACAAAGAACACUCUUAAUGUUGAUCGACAUGUCUCUGAAUAUGUUCAAGCGAUCUUUGAACUCCGACAGGAGGUAGCAGAUCUAAAAAGAAAACUUCAGCAAGAAGCCAAAGCUGAAAGUCGGGAGAAAGCGCAUCAGAGACAUGAGCAACUGGAUCGAGAAUUUGAUGAGACAGUCAGGAAGAUGAGAGCCACUUUCCAAACUGCACGUUCACAGGAAUCAACUUAUGCUCAACUACAAUCGCAGUUGUUCAUAGCCUCAGCUCGACUCUCGGGAUUAUAUCGAUGGAGAAAAGCAUUCGAUGAGGCAUCAGGAGCAGCCAAAAGACACCAUGAACGAAUGGAGCAGGAAAGAGAGUUGUCGUGCACUAAUCAAGAGGAGUCAGAAGAAGGCACGAUGGCAAUAGCGGCGGCAGCAGCACGAGCAAAAAAGCUACAGAGCUCCCUCAGCGCAUCAUCAUCGUACACUAACAUGGUGGAUCAAAUGAUUCAAGAUUUGAAUACACAAAUAAGACAGCUGACAGAGCAGAUGCAGGAGCAUGAAGAUGCACUUAAAAUGUAUGCAGUUUCGAUUCAGUCAAUGGAAAACAAAGAUAGUCCAAUUUUGAAUGCAGGAUUUCCUUUUCAAAGACUUUAUGAGCUCGAAAAGAAGUGUCAGGUGCUGGAAUCACACAACAAAAUUCUUACCAAAAAAUUGGAGCUUUCGGACAAAUCACUGAGUGAACAGUUUUUGGCGACAGAGGACUUUAUGGAGCUUAGUGCUCGUUCAUUAGUGGGGCUUCGACCUGAGAUUGAGACGAUAGAACAAGCAGGCUUGCCAACCAAGACCCUUAAUGAUAUAUAUAUGGCAUCCAUAACAAGUUUCACAGAUAUGACCAAACGGGUGGGCUCAUUCCAAUCAUAUGAUCAACGGAACUGGAACUCUUCGGGAAUCAAUAGAAACGAUAAUAGCAACAAUAGUAGCAGUGGCGGUGGUGGUGAUGGUACCAAUAGUUGCGGCUCUACCAGUACUAGCAGCUGGCACAUGUCUGUACCGAGCUCACCAUUCAAACGGGAUGGAGCAGCAAAUUUCGUAGGCCUUGACGGGUCACGGAUGAUGUCGAUUUUGCCAGAAGUGCCUUCGACACCUGUUAAACGUCGUCAAAACUCGGCCAGCCACGUCCUUCCUAACCUAUCUAUGGACACUGUCGACACGAAUCUGGCGCUUGGAUCCAGCAGUCUCUUCGGUAGCCAAUCACCUGUUCGGAUAUACCAUGAACGUACUCAAAUGGGCAGUGGUAAUAGCAGUAGUAGUCCUCAGAACCCGUUCCAAGUAACGGAGAAAGCACCUUUCUCAUCGCUCACCAAACACCGCAAUAGCAUUCCACUUCCUCGUAGGAAAUCCAUACCAAUGACUGGAGUUGUCUUCUCACCCAAACGACGACGCCCGCGUGGGGGAUUACGACAACCUCGGUUGGCUCCUACACCUACAAAACGAAGCGUCAAUUUCUUACUAGAUAUUGUAGAUGAGGAUGAGGAACGGUAUACUACAGGCCUGCGUGACCCAUCUGCACCUAUUAUCCGACCUACACCAUUCCCGUCACUCUCCUCUUUAAAAAAUGACAGCCCGCCAUCGUUCCCUCCAACCACAGGACAAAUCAAACUUGGGAUGGGAGGAGGAGCAAAGAGACUGGCCCCUGUUAGUAACAACACCAACAAUAGCAACAAUAGCGGUGGUAACAGUAAUAGUGGUAGUGGUAGUGGUUCUGGAGGUACUGGAAACAGUAGACUUUUCUCUAAUAAGGCAGCAACAAAAGGAGAGACAUCAAAAGGGCUUCAGUCUCAGCGAGUUAAUUCAUCAUCGUCACCUAGCGGAUUAUUUAACGCAUUUUCAUCUUCUUCACAAGCUUCAUCUAGCCCAUCGAAGAGACCUUGGUCAACAGAGAAAGGAGCUCUUGAUCGUAACACAAAGAGAGCCAAAGGUUCGCCUUUGGCAAAUGGAAACUCCGCUCCUAUCUUUGGUGUUUCAGCCGCAACUGCAGCACGAAUCGCUAGACGAAUGAGCUCUGCGUCAGCAUCAAAUCAAGCAACAUGAGGGAUUGCAACU